UGUAUGACUGGAACACCAAUCGUAUCAAAGAUGAAGAAAUGGUCAAGCAUUUUGAUGCAUUUAAUUAUGCAUAUUUGCUAAAAUCCAAGACCAUAUCAUGUUCUACAUGUAAAGAUCGUCAGACUUACGACGAGUGGUCUGUAUUCAUCGAGAAACAGGAUAUGAUAGUAUGGAGAAGGCCCCAUUCUUCUGGCAAUUUUGAAUACAAAGUCUAUGGGUCUUAUCAUGAUGUAUCAGGUGAAGAUUUUCUUAAUGUACAGAUAGAUACAAAAUACCGCAAAGAAUGGGACAAUACAGCAAUUCAACUAGAUAUAGUAGAGGCUGAUCCAAAUACAGAGUCGAAUAGUGACAUCAUUUACUGGGAAAUGCAAUGGCCAAAAUUCUUCACCAAUCGUGACUAUGUGUUCAACCGUCGUUUUACAGUGGAUUGCGACAAAAAGAUAAUCGUCAUAAUUAGCCAAAGUACAACACACCCUUCGUAUCCAGUUCAAAAGGAUAAAUAUAGGGUGACAGACUAUUUUUCUGCAAUGGUUGUUAAACCAUACACCGAACUAGACAAGCCUGGUAUCGAAUUCGUCCUAACUUACUUCGAUAACCCUGGAGUUAACAUCCCCAACAGCAUUAAUUCGUGGGUGGCAAUGAGGGCCAUGCCUGAUUUUCUAACUCGUCUCAGGGAAGCAACGAAACACUACAAACCCUUCUGCGAACGAACAGGUAAUAGCUGUAUUUGCACUUUGGAAGAUCGAAGUGGCGAACGAAAACGUAAAAAGAAGAAGUGUGACAGAAAGCCGAAACUUGUUGGUAACGUAGCAAAUGACGAGGUAUUUGGACUUAAUGCUGGAGAACUUGAAAAAGCUUUUGAAAAUAUAAAGGAAAAUGUGGAACAUAAAUUAGACGACAUAAAGGACGACAUAAAAAAAGUUCUGAGUAAAAUUAAAGAGGACUUGAAGGAAAAUUAUAACAUAGAAGAUAAGAAUAAGAAAAUCAAAAGGGGAACGAAUGAUAACUCGAGGGACGAUUACUCGGAUGCAGAGAACAAUGAAAAUGAAGAACACCAUAAAAAGAAAACGGAUUAA